CGCCGCCUUUUUCCGCUUUAUGCUGGAGCCGUGUGUUUCUGUAGCUUCAGCCGAUAAAUUAUUGGGUUUAUUCGCUUUGUUCCUUCUUGAUAAAUAACAUCCUUUGCGAUCAUCUAAUAAAAAGCCAGAAAAUAGUUUUUAUCUCGAUUAAAAAUAAAGUUAAAUUUAGCUGUCAUCGGAGGAAGCUGUGUAACAAUAAAUCACGAUCAUGGCUCCGAAAACAACCUCUGCUCGGUCCGUCCGUCACCGUGGAUUCUGAGAGCGUGGUCCUGAUGAAGGAGUACGUGAAGAUGAUGACUGAUAUGAUCGUCCUGUGCGUCACUCUGGCGCUCUCGCUCUUCUUCUGGAUCGUCUCGCUCACCCUGAGCGCCGUCUCUGGGAACCUGCAGCCGGUGUCGCCGUGGCGGUGGCUCUUCUCCAUCUUGGUUCCUCUCAUGAUGUCGGCCCGAGCGCUGAAGAGACGCAGUCUGGACCGGUCCGGAGCUCUGGCAGCCCUCCUGGUGGGCUUCGUCUUGACGAUGGCCAACUUCAGCUUCUUCUCCGCUCUGCUGAUGUUCUUCUUCACCUCCACCAAGCUGACCCGCUGGGGCGCCGACAGGAAGAAGAAAAUCGAGGCYGAUUACAAAGAAGGGGGUCAGAGGAACUGGAUCCAGGUGUUCUGUAAYGGAGGCGUCCCCACGGAGCUGGCGCUGCUCUACAUGAUCGAGGUGGGUCCAGGUGAGAUCCCCGUGGACUUCGGGAAACAGUACUCGGCCUCCUGGAUGUGUCUGUCUCUGCUGGGAGCGCUGGCCUGCUGCGCCGGGGACACCUGGGCCUCAGAGGUGGGGCCCGUCCUCAGCCAAUCAGAGCCCAGACUCAUCACCACCUGGCAGGAAGUCCCGACAGGAACAAACGGUGGCGUCACGCCCGUCGGAUUGGUCGCCAGCUUCCUGGGCGGGGCAGCAGUGGGCGUGGCUUACUUUGUGACUCAGCUCCUCCUGGUGGGGGACCUGCACCUGGCCGAUCCACAGUGGCCCAUCGUGUUGUACGGCGGCGCGGCGGGCCUGCUGGGCUCCAUGCUGGACUCCUUCCUGGGAGCUCACAUGCAGUACUCGGGAUUCGACUCGAGCAUCGGGAAGGUGGUGAGCUACGAGUCGGCCACGACCCGGAGGAUCUGCGGGAAACCCAUCCUGGACAACAACGCCGUCAACCUGUUCUCCUCCGUCCUCAUCGCCCUCUUCCUGCCGGGGCUGGCGUGGGGGGCGUGGCCUCGGUGAGGCGUCUGUCAGCCAAGCAGCAGGUUCUGACCCACAGGAACCAGAACCUGCUCGGUUUUUGUGACAUUUUUUUAACAUCCGUAAAGAAACGAGCUGCUGUAAAAAUGUUAAAUUAAUUUUAAAAACAGGGUCCAAUAAAGUUUCUGAUCAUCCUUGA